CAGCUCAGGCUUCGCUGUGGUUGGGUUGGCCAGGUGCAUCAUUCAUCAUUUAAUAGCAAGGCACGUGGGGUUGCUAUUCUAAUACAUAAAUCUGUUCCCUUCUCUGUGACCAAAGUCAUAUCAGACCCUAACGGCCGUUAUGUUAUUGUUCUGGGAAGAAUUAGCAGCAGCAAUUUGGCAUUAGUAAACAUAUAUGGUCCAAACUGGGAUGAUGAGGACUUCUUCAAAAAAAAUUUCUUCCCACUUCUUGAUCUAAAUAAAAGCCAGCUCAUUCUUGGGGGUGACUUUAACUGCUGCCUUGACCCUUUACUUGACCGUUCCUCAAGCAAGUCAUAUUCAGUCUCUAAGUCAUCCAAAGUUCUACAUACAUUUAUGCAGCAAUAUGCAGUCUCAGAUGUUUGGCGAUAUUUUAACCUUAACACCAGAAAAUUUUCCUUUUUUUCCCCAGUGCAUUCUACUUUCUCUAGAAUUGACUUCUUUCUUCUUGAUAACAAACUGCUCUCCUCAGUUAAGUCAUGUUGCUAUAAUCCCAUUGUAAUCUCAGACCACUCUCCUGUCAUCUUGGACCUAACUCUCCCAGGCAGACCAGCUUCACGGCCACCGUGGCACUUUAAAUCCAUUUUACUCAAUGAUACUGUUUUUGUCAAAACUAUGAAUGACCGUUUAGACCUGUUUGUCUCCUCUAAUUUUACUCCAGAUGUAUCUGCUGCAACAAUUUGGGAGACAUGUAAGGCAUAUUUACGGGGAGAGAUAAUAACUUACUCAGCAUAUCUUAGAAGAACAACCACACAAAAAUGUCUUACCCUAUCUAAUGCUAUAUCUGACCUGCAAACAAAAUGUGCAGAGUCCCCUGCUCCAGACCUUAUAAAAAGUUUGUUGAUAAAAAAGGGCUGAAUUUGACACUCUAGCCUCUGACACAGCUGUAGCACUAUUAUUAAAAUCCCGUUAUAGUUAUUAUGAGUUUGGUGACAAGCCCAGCAAAAUUCUUGCUCAUCAGAUCCGACAGAGUUUCAAACCAGCACAUCGCUGAAAUUAACAUCUCCAAUGGGACUUCUAUUAAUCCACAAAUGAUCAACAAUCAGUUUAGAGACUUCUAUUCUGCUUUAUACACCUCAGAGUGUUCACCCGAUCAUGCUCAAUAUGAAAGUUUCUUUGAUAGUUUUACUAUCCCUACGAUUGAUCCAGAAACUGCCUCUGAUUUAGACAAGCCCUUUACACUCGCUGAGGUCAAGAGUGCCAUAUUAUCAAUGCAAAGUGGAAAAUGCCCUGGACCUGAUGGCUUUCCAUCAGAGUUCUAUAAGGUCUUUUCUGACAAGCUAUCUCCACUUCUGCUUCACAUGCUUAAAGAAGCAGGUGAAUUUGGUGUUCUCCCUCUCACAAUGCGACAAGCUACUAUCUCGCUUAUCCUAACUAUCCAACCAACAUGAAAAGCAUUUUGUGCAAACUACUGUAGCAGCAUAAAUGGUACGCUGCCACUUUAAGCCCAAUUUUGACUGCUGUAUAUAAGCAGGUCUCCACCUGCCACAAGGCUGCUUGCAUCAUGACGUCAUAUCAUUCUGCUUCCUUUGUCUGCUGAACUGUGCUGGGUAAGCGUGGCUGUUUCUUUGUUUAUCAGCUGUAAUUUUGGCCAUUAAUGCAAACUGGUCUGCUCUGUUUAGCCUCCUUUGCUGCUCCUCGAAAAUCUGGACCGAACUGUUUGUUUGUUUGCUUGCUGCCGGGAAGGUAAGGGCUAGCAUGGCUAGGUAACAUCCACCCCAUGUAAACAAAGCCUUUACGUAGCAUUUUGUUACAGCUGCGCUGCAUAGGCAGAAUUGUGAAACCGUUUAUCUGGCAGCCUGGUAGUGCAACAGGUAAGCAGCUACCAUAAGUUAUAGUUUUUGUCAGCAGUUGUAUUGAUGAUUUGCUCUAUUUUUUUAGCCUCCUGAUGAGUCUCUGACCACCAUUAUAUUGGGAUUGACACUCGCUGCUGUUUUGCCAAAAAGAAAUGCUUUAAAUGACCUACCUGAACUUUCCCCUACUGCCAGGAGCAUUGAUGGCACUACCAACUGGAUAAAGUGCAACAUUGUAGGGCUAUUGCACCACUGUUUUACUCAUAUUGUUUCAUUUUUGUCUUUCUUUUAGGGACUGAGGCUUCUGUGGUGGCGGUGUCUUGUUUUGUGUGUUUUGUUGGAGCACCUUCUUUUUUUGUUUGCCGUGUUUUUGUAGUGUCCAGGGUGAUCCCCUUUCUUCACUGGAUGUUGCCCCUUUUUUCACCCCCCUGCCCUCACUGCAUCUCGGGAGUCUUCGACUGUAAAAGUGGAGGUUUAUAAUGGAGAACAGUUUGUCGUUCUGCCCUGCCAGUACAGCCAAGUAUUAGAAGAGAUUCUCACAGUGAAAUGGAGCCGCUAUGAUCUCAGUCCCAAUACUGUCCAUCAACAGCGAGAAGGAGACGACCUACAUUCACAAAAUCAGCUUUUCAAAGGACGAACAUCAAUGACACCUCAUUCUCUAGAUUCUGGCAACUUCAGCCUCACUUUGAAAAAACCCCAACUUUCUGACAGCGGGAUCUAUAUCUGCAGUAUCAUUGAUGAUGAAGGAGAGAAAAAGCUAUCAGACGUGCAGCUGCAUGUCAAAGCCUCUAAGGAUGCUUUGACCGUUAAAGUGGAGGUUCAGUGGGCCCAAUUUGUUGUGCUUCCCUGUCAGUACAAUCAAGUAUUGGAAGAGAUUGUAACAGUGAAAUGGAGCCGCUAUGAUCUUAAUCCCAACAUUGUCCAUCAAAGACAAGAAGGAGACGACCUGCGUGAACAGAACCAGGUUUUCAAUGGACGAACAUCAAUGAGACCCGAUGCUCUGUCCUCUGGUGACUUCAGCCUCACUCUUAACGAACCCCCAGUAUCCGACAGUGGGAACUACACCUGCACCAUCAUUAAUGAAGAAGAAGAGAUAAAGCUGUCAGAAGUGCAGCUGUAUGUCAAAGCAAUUCCAACUUGGGUUAUAGUUCUGCUGGUCCUGCUGGUUUUGCUGGUUCUUACAGUUUUUGUGGGCCUUUUUUUUAAGUUCCGACAAUAUUUAAUGUCAGAAAUUUCUCCACAGGCCAGAAUUCUCUUGGUUCUACUGGUUUUGCUGGUUCUUGUUCUUGUUUCUGGGGCCCUUCUAUUCUAUUUCCAACAUAAAUUUAAGUCAAAAAUUCCAGCUUUGGCGUUAGGCGUCCUGUUUCUGCUGUUGUUUCUCACUCUCAAUGUGAGCACUUGUUUCCAUUUUCGACAACGAUACAUAUCAAAAAUUUCAUUUUGGACCAGAAUUCUCCUGAUUAUGCGGAUUUUCUUGGUUCUGCUGGGUUCUGCUGUUUCUGUGGGAUGGUUUUUUAAUUUUAUACCAGGAAUAUAUUUAACAUUUUUAGGAAUUGCUGUUGUCGUGACGGCUGUUCUUGCUAUUUCUGCGGAGAUUGUAUUUCAUUUCAAAGACUAUUUGCUACCAGAAAAUUCAAUUUGGAUCAGAAUGCUCCUGGAGUUGUUGUUUAUGCUGGUUCUGUUUUCCUUUCAUGCAAGUAUUUUUUCUGGCAUCCAAGGCUACUCAAAGUCAGAAAUAUUUUCAACUUGGUUUGGAAUCGUCAUGAUCUUCCAUAUUCAGGUGUUUCUUGUCUCUGAGACUGGUGACCUGCAUUUUCAUUUUCGAAACAAUCUGCUGUCAGAUAUGUCAGAUAAGGUGAGAAUUUUCCUGGAUUUGCUGGUUAUGCUGGUUUUGUUUUCCGUGGAUGGAGGCCUCUUAUUUUAUUUCCGAGACAAUCUGAUGUCAGAAAUUCCAACUUGGGCCAGAAUUUUCCUGGUUCUUUGGAUUCUCCUGGUUUUUAGUGUUCAUGUGGGUCUUUUACUCUUUUUUCGGCAAAACUUUAUGUUAGUUUACAGGGUGGAGGUGGAUUCAGGAGUGGAGUCUGUUCUGUUGCCAUUUCAAACUUCACUCCGUCUGCCUAAAGAAGUCCAGGUAACAUGGACCAACAGCUCUGACAGAAUCAUCCACAAGGCUCAGGGGGACUCGUGUGGCUUGUUAAGGCUUGAAGAACAAGACUGCCAGUAUGCAGACAGAACAGAGAUGGACGAAACAUUUACACUGGGAGACCUCAGUUUGACAUUGAAGAAUCCAACAGACAGAGACACAGACAGCUACACAUGCACCGUCUCUAAGAAAUCAGGAAAAAUCCUGGUCAAGAAAAAAGUUCUGCUCAAUGUCAAAGCUGGACCCGACUCUCUCAUCGUAGCCAUUGACUUUGGUUCAGGAUUCAGCGGCUUCGCCUUCAAUGUUAAACCCAGAGAGGAAGGAGGUGAGACCCAGAUAAAGAGAUGGAGUAAUGGACUUGGACUAGACACCCCAAAGACUCCAACCUGCAUCCUGUUUGAUGAACAUGAAGAAUUUAUGAAGUUUGGUUAUGAAGCUAAAACAGCAUUUACCAAUAUGAGAGAAGAAGAAGAAGCUCAGAAACAUUAUUUCAUUGAAAACUUCAAUAUUGCUAUCCAGGGAAAAACUGAAACUAAUUCCCAGGACAUCAGCAAGCAGACAGUUAAAGCAGCAAAUGGCAAGUCAAUGAAGGUCCUGAAGGUUUUUACAGAAGUUCUGAGAUUCCUGAAGGACGAUGCUCUGAAAACCAUCAGAGAUCCAGAAGGUGGAGAGUUCACAGCAUCUGACUUCACCUGGGUGCUGACUGUUCCUGAACUCUUGGAAGAGUCCACUAAAGAGUUCAUAAUAAAAUCUGCAACUCUGGCUGGUCUGGUAACAGACGACACUAAAGACAAACUGAUGUUUGUUUUGGAGUCAGAAGCAGCUUUGACCUGGUGUUUGAAGCUUCAACCUGAUGGUUUCAUCACACAGAACCACAGCAGAGACUCACAGGAUCAACCUGCAGGAGCAGCAGAACCUGCAGGAGCAGCAGAACCUGAUACCAGCUGUAACGAUCCACCAGGAAGUCAGGAGGUUGUAAAGUUUAUGACCAAACCAGAAGAAACUGUAGUUCUGCUGGAGACCCAAAGAGACGGUAAACGGUACCUUGUUGUCGACUGUGGAGAUAGAAACAUUUACUUUACUACUCAUGAAGUCCUGGAAGGAGGAGUCCUGAAGACACUGUAUGAGGCUCCUAAAGACAAUCUGGGGGGAAAAUAUGUGGAUGACAAAUUCAAAGAGUUCCUGAGAGAAAUUUUCUCUGGAAUCUGGAAUAAAUAUGAACUAAAUUUCCCUAAUGAGAUUCAAAAAAUGAUGUAUGAUUUUACUCGUUUCAAACAGCUGGAUGAAGAUGUUCAGAUCUGUUGCCUAAGUAACCUGAGAGACGAAGCUCAGAAACAGAAAGAGAUUGAAACGUUCUUUGAUUCAGUGGAUGGAGCUUCCUGGGAUGAUGGAUCCAUCAGAAUCUCAAGAGACAAACUGAGAUCUUUCUAUGAAGAGAGUCUGCAAGAAAUCACCAAGAAACUCAGAGAAAUAUUAGACAAAAAUCUCAACAUUGGUUAUAUUGUGUUAGUGGGAGGUUUGGCUGAGAGCCAGAUUCUACGUCAGCACAUCACUGAUGAGUUUGGACCUCAGUAUAAAGUCCUGUGUCCUCUUAGACCCCAGGAAGCGAUCCUGAAAGGAGCCGUAGAGUUGGGGAGAAACCCGAAGUUGGUGGAGUCUCAGAGAAAACGUCCAGCUUGGUUCAAAUGUUUAUCAUGAGAUUCAAUUUUCUUUAUUUGUUCUGAAUAAUUCAAACAAUGUGUAUGGGUUUUUUUGUAUCUUUGUUUUUUGUCUGUUUUACUAGUUGAUACAAUUGUAAAACUUUUUCCAUGGUCCAUCUUUUGUUGUUUAGAACCAGAAACCAAUAAAUCAGUUUUACCAUCUUGAAUUUGUAAACUGAAUUAAAAAGAAGUAAAUUUUUAUUUAACUUGGUUUUCUUUUGUUGUAGUUUUUAUUCUUAUUUUGAGUCAUUUGAUUUUUGCUUUAGAAGAUUAGUUUGGACCUGAGAGGUAGGUGUCAACAUGCAGGUGUGAAUGUUUGAAAACUUGAAUUCCCUGAUUGAUAAAUUAGUGUUGCUUCCUGGAAGUUUAAUUGUUUUUCUAAUUUUAUUAAUGUGCUGCUUAAAUAAUUAGAGCUUUAGAAAACUGAUAAUUGAUUUAUAAACCAUGUAAACCGUC